ACCGCCUCCCCAUUACUGCAUAUAAAACUCUCUUCCCAUUCCCCAUUAGCUUCUCAACCUAAAUAUCUUUCUCAACGGUUCUUCCAAAUUUCUCUCUUCCUCCCAAUUUACAGCUUCAUUACAGCCACUUUUCAACCAAGGAAACUUUAAUUUCUCUGGAUAACAAGCAAAAUCCCGGGAAAAGUACUGUUUAGCUAGGAGGGGAGCAAGAAAAAGAAGAUCAAAGAGAUGGAGAUUCAAGAAAACCAACAGGAAACAUGGUCGGAGACAGAAAGCAACAGCAGCAGCAGAAGAGCUGGCUUCAGCGGUCCAUUAGUGAGCAACAAAAGAAACAGCAGCAAGAAAAGUGCAAGAUUCAAAGAAGAAGAAUACGUGGAGAUCACCCUAGACGUUCGCGAUGACUCAGUUUCCGUUCACAACAUAAAGGGAGGAGAUUCGGAGACGGCAUUUCUAGCUAGUCAAUUGGAGAAAAGAAAUCAUCCUUCACUUGGAUCACAGCUUUCGUUUCGACUGAGACAAGUUUCACAGGAGCUCAAGAGAAUCACUUCUUCGAAUACUUUUGACAAGGUUGACAGGAGCAAGUCUGGAGCUGCUCGUGCCCUGAAAGGGCUUAAGUUCAUGACAAAAAAUGUGGGAACCGAAGGCUGGCCUGAAGUUGAAGCAAGGUUUAAUAAAUUGGCUGUUGAUGGAUCACUUCCCAAGACUCGGUUUGGCCAAUGCAUAGGGAUGAAUGAAUCAAGUGAAUUUGCAAGCGAACUAUUUGAUGCAUUGGCUAGGAGUAGAGGGAUAACAUCAGCUUCAAUAAGCAAGGCUGUGUUGCGUGAAUUCUGGGAACAAAUUACUGACCAGAGUUUUGAUGCUAGGCUUCAAAUCUUCUUUGGCAUGGUUGACAAAAAUGCGGAUGGCAGGAUCACCGAAGAAGAGGUGAAGGAGAUUAUUGCUUUAAGUGCUUCAGCUAAUAAGCUAUCAAAGAUUCAAGAACGAGCUGAGGAGUAUGCUGCUCUGAUCAUGGAAGAAUUGGACCCAGACAAUCUUGGAUACAUUGAGCUUUAUAACUUGGAAAUGCUGCUUCUCCAAGCUCCAAAUCAAUCGACAAACUUGGCUACAGAUAGUCGAGCUUUAAGCCAAUUACUAAGCCAAAAGCUUGUGCCAACCAAAGAUCACAACCCAAUAAAGAGAUGCUACAGAAGCGUGGCCUACUUCGUUGAGGACAAUUGGAAGAGAAUUUGGGUGAUGGGCCUAUGGCUUGGAAUCUGCGCAGGACUCUUUACUUGGAAAUUCAUUCAGUACAAACAUCGAGCGGUGUUCGAUGUCAUGGGCUACUGUGUUACCACCGCUAAGGGUGCAGCUGAAACCACCAAGUUCAACAUGGCUUUAAUUCUUUUACCCGUGUGUAGAAAUACCAUUACUUGGCUUAGAAGCAACACUAAGUUAGGAGCAGUCGUUCCCUUUGAUGAUAAUAUCAACUUCCAUAAGGUAGUUGCUUUGGGGAUAGCUAUUGGAGUUGGGUUACAUGCUGGUGCACAUUUAACAUGCGACUUUCCUAGGCUACUACAUGCCACAGAUGAAGAGUAUGAGCCAAUGAAGCCAUUCUUUGGCGAUGACCGACCAGAUAACUACUGGUGGUUCGUGAAAGGGACAGAAGGUUGGACUGGCGUGGUGAUGGUGGUGCUCAUGGCUAUAGCCUAUAUAUUAGCCCAACCUUGGUUCCGCCGGAAUAGGCUAAACCUCCCUAACACCCUGAAGAAGCUCACCGGAUUCAAUGCCUUCUGGUAUUCACACCACUUAUUUGUUAUCGUCUACGCCCUCUUCAUCGUUCAUGGAUACUAUCUUUACCUUUCCAAGAAAUGGUACAAGAAAACGACGUGGAUGUAUCUCGCUAUUCCAAUGGGAUUAUAUGCUUGUGAACGUUUGAUUCGUGCAUUCAGAUCAGGCUAUAAAUCAGCGAGGAUUUUGAAGGUGGCUGUCUACCCUGGAAACGUACUGGCACUGCACAUGUCCAAGCCUCAAGGAUUUAGGUAUACUAGUGGGCAAUAUAUCUUUGUGAAUUGUUCAGCUGUUUCCCCAUUUCAAUGGCAUCCAUUUUCAAUUACUUCUGCUCCUGGAGAUGAUUAUCUGAGCAUCCAUAUUCGCACCUUGGGUGACUGGACAUCACAGCUCAAAGCUGUCUUCUCUAAGGUAUGUCAACCUGCAUCAAGCAAUCAAAGUGGCCUGCUAAGAGCUGAUAUAGCAAGUGCUGACAACAAUAAGCCUAGGCUGCCAAAGCUCUUAAUUGAUGGCCCAUAUGGAGCACCAGCACAGGACUACAAAAAAUAUGAUGUUCUCCUCCUCGUUGGGCUUGGAAUUGGUGCCACUCCUCUAAUAAGCAUAGUCAAGGAUGUGCUUAACAAUAUUAAGCAGCAAAAAGAAAUAGAAGAAGGGAUAGUAGAGAGUGGCAUAAAGGGCAACAAGAGAAAACCUUUUGCCACUAAACGAGCUUAUUUUUAUUGGGUUACUCGUGAACAAGGCUCAUUCGAGUGGUUUAGGGGUGUAAUGAACGAAGUAGCUGAGUAUGAUGAAGAUAGAGUCAUCGAGCUUCAUAAUUAUUGUACAAGUGUUUAUGAAGAAGGAGAUGCUCGAUCUGCAUUAAUCACCAUGCUUCAAUCUCUUCAACAUGCUAAAAAUGGUGUUGACAUAGUCUCUGAAACACGUGUUAAGACUCAUUUUGCUAGACCUAAUUGGCGUAAAGUUUUCAAGCAUGUAGCUGUUAAUUAUCCUGAUCAAAGAGUUGGAGUGUUUUAUUGUGGUGCACCUGGAUUGACCGGAGAACUAAGAAGGCUAGCUCAAGACUUUUCCAGGAAAACUACUACCAAGUUUGAUUUUCAUAAAGAGAAUUUCUAAUAAAUUAUUUUUAAAAAAUAAAUAUAUUUUUUUAAAAUGUAAUUUUGUUCCUUUUUUUUUUCUUAUAUACUUAGAAAAAUGCAGUGUAAUCAAAGUAAAAGAACAGCAUUGAUUCUUGUUUAUAGUGCAAAGACUUGUUUUGGGAUGCAAUAUGUAUAUAUAUAUGAAGCGAAACUUAGUCAGCAA